AUGAGGUUCACUUAUAUCACUACCCUGUUCGCAUGGGGAGGCUUGUGCCAAGGCGUGCUUGAAGUUUUCCAGGCCGCACCACCUCCCAGAUCAACUUUCGAUAGACCAGCAUGCCGCCAGUUUUUAUUCGAACAUGAUUUCGGCAACAGUUACGGAGCCCCUUAUGUAGGGACCUACUUACCGCCUAGCGGCUGCAACUUCACAACCGCCAUUUUUAAUUUGAGCGUUGUUUCUAGCGGGCGCCAAUAUGACAGGCUCGCCACGCUAUGGCUAGGCGAUAUCGAAGUCUGGAGGACUUCUACCGCCAUGCCGAUUCAGUCGGGCAUUCAUUGGUCGUUCCAAAAGGAUAUGACCAUAUGGCAUCCGCUCCUCACCCGGGGUCAGAAGAUAAUCCUCGAUCUUGGCAACCUAGUCGACGGAGAUAGGUACACGGGCUUUUUCAACGUCACUUUAGAAGCGCUCUACUACGACGAUAAAUACGCGGCAGGAUUCCACUCGGCACAGCACAUCUACCCCAUUUCGACACGGUCGUCGUCGAACAACACCACUUCGCUAUUCUCGCUCCCAGGCGAUACUGGCUCAGUCAGCUUGACUAUUCCGAGAAACGCCAAGAAUGCCGUCGUUUCGGUUACGGCUUCCGGGAAUGGCGCAGAGGAAUUCUGGUUCACCAAUGUACCGUCAGAGUACGUGAGCACGUUCCCGGGCAACGAGGGGUGGUUAUAUGGCUACAGUCCGUUUCGCGAAGUCCAGGUACUUAUAGACGGUCAACUUGCGGGUGUGUCCUGGCCAUUCCCAAUCCUUUUCACUGGCGGGGUAGACCCGGGGGCGUGGAGGCCUAUCGUUGGCAUCGAUGCCUUUGAGCUCCCGUCGUUUGAGAUCGACAUCUCCCCUUGGCUGGGAUUGAUAACCGACGGUCAACCACAUACUUUCCAAGUACGCGUCGUGGGUUUCGAUACUUCUGCAGAAGACAGCAUUGGGCCCGUAGGCGAGAACUGGUGGGUUUCGGGAUCUGUCUUUGUCUGGCUCGACGAUACGAUAGAGCAGACAGUCAUGCGGAACUUCGAGAGCAACAUAGCAGCGCCAUCCUUUGACUUCCACCCCGUUGUUGGCACUGCUAUUUCCGAGAAUGGUACUGCGACCAAUACCUCACUUUACUUCUCCUUGAUAGCAAGUCGGAAUAUAACGGUGUCUUCAAUCGUUGAAAACGGGAAUAUCGCCCGCGAGGUAGCCUGGACGCAGAGCCUUUCGUUUUCCAAUAUCCAGAACAUGACGGACUUGGCGUUCAACCAGUCGCUUGCUAUGGUUUCAUCAGGGAGUUAUUCGGACUCGACUUCUAAUGUUGUCUCGCACUACACGUAUCCCCUUAAUCUUUUCAGCGCAUACGAUGUAGCCUCUUCAGGGGCGACUUCGAAUCCCGGGUCCGUCUUUUGCAUGGCCGACCGAAGUAAACUAUUAGAUGGCAUUUCUAUGCUGUCUUUCUUAACGGGGACGUCUAUUGGAUCUGAAAGUCUAGAAACAAGGCAAAACGUUACCUCGAGUUAUCAUUGGAAUCGCACCAUCGUGGAGGGUACCGAAGGCUUGGAUACUAUGGAUGGAGAGGUAUGGCUUUCUUACAUCAGCGCUACGGGGAAUGAGGCUGGUGUCGCAGCAUAUCACCGCUAUGCAAAAGAGAAAAAUGACAGCAUAUUAGUAGACGAACAGGGUUGGGAUCCUAUAGUAGUUCCUAGAACAAUGCCACUUCCGCUUGUACCUGGGGAACCAAUAGUCCAGAGGUACGCGGACUUUCAUUGA